AUGCAACCAGAGCCAGUCUUCCAUAUCAAACUCUAUACAUCAGCCGAGCUUCUCUCCCAACCAUGGCUCCCCGACCUCACUAGUAUGGUCAAUGCAAGCUAUCGCGUCAGUCACACCAGCAAAAUCCAGUUUCCCGAAGACAAGAUCCGACUAUCCAGCGACUCGCAGUUAUCCAAAGAAAUCGGACCGGAUGGAUUCACCGCGGUGGCUCUGGUUGACAGCGGUCCGGAUCAUAAACCCGAAGUGAUUGGGACGGCAAGUUUGAAGAUUUGGACAGAUGAUGGUCUUUGGGAGCCCUGCAAUGAAGAUGGAAACGACGUCGAUUCCGUCGUAGCGGAGCUUGCGGACGAAGUCAAUGAGGAUAUGGAUCAUGUUCUCGAGAAACAUGCCUGCCUAGGUGACUAUGAGGUAGCUGUUGUGGCUCUUCCUCCAGACCCUCGAUACCGUGGCAGAGGGAUUGCGGGCCAUCUUGUCAGGGCCUGUGAAGAGGAGGUUUUGCGACGACACCGGGUUGAAGACAGACAUCUGUCAUCUCCGGUGCGCAUAAUGAUUCGUGUUGCUAAAGAGGAUACUGGUGCCUAUUGGCUCAAGCAAGGGUUCUCUAUCUUGGGUAGUCGUAAAUGUGCCAUUGGGGUGUGGCAUGCACUGGAAGAAUUUACUAUGUGGGCUAUGAUACGUGAGCUGUCGAUAAAUUAG